AUGUUAACAACUAACUCUAAGGGUCAUUACGGCUCUGAGGUGAACAUGUCGUCGCAGCAGGAGGAGUCGGCGGAGCAGCGGCUGCACCUCCUCUCUGACCUCCUCUGUGACCUCUGUGACCCCGGGGCCCAGAACACAGAGGAGGUGCUCGGGGUGGAGACGCUCCUCGACCUCCUUCUCUGCUUUUGCUGUGAGUGCAGCACGACUCCUCUUAGGAAGGAGCGCCACGUGCAGGAGUUUCUGCAGCAAGUGGCUCCCUUCACAGACAGACUGAAGAGGCUCCGUUUGCAUCGAGAUGAUUUCGAAAUCCUCAAAGUGAUCGGCCGAGGAGCGUUCGGGGAGGUUGCCGUGGUGAAGUUAAAAAACACUGAAAAGGUUUUUGCCAUGAAAAUCCUCAACAAGUGGGAAAUGUUAAAGAGAGCCGAGACGGCGUGUUUCAAAGAGGAGCGAGAUGUUCUGGUGCGAGGAGACUCUCAGUGGAUCACAACACUGCACUACGCUUUCCAGGAUGACAACUACCUGUACCUGGUGAUGGACUACUAUGUGGGGGGAGACCUCCUCACCCUUCUGUCUAAGUUUGAGGACCGUCUUCCUGAAGACAUGUGCCGCUUCUAUGUGGCUGAGAUGGUCCUCGCCAUUAACUCUGUGCACGAGAGAGGCUACGUCCACAGAGACAUCAAACCUGACAACGUGCUGCUGGACGUCAACGGACACAUCCGAUUGGCCGAUUUCGGAUCCUGCCUGAGGAUGCUCAAAGACGGAACGGUCCAGUCCUCUGUUGCCGUGGGAACACCAGACUACAUCUCCCCAGAGAUCCUGCAGGCCAUGGAGGCGGGUCGAGGUCGUUAUGGUCCAGAGUGUGACUGGUGGUCUCUGGGCGUCUGCAUCUACGAGAUGCUCUAUGGAGAGACCCCCUUCUACGCUGAGAGUCUACUGGAGACCUACGGCAAGAUCAUGAACCAUCAGCGGCUCACGUUCCCCGCCCACAUCUCGGAUGUGUCGGACUCUGCCCGGGACCUGAUCCAGUCCCUGCUCUGUCCCCGAGAGACCAGACUGGGUCUCAGAGGGAUCCAGGACUUCAGGGACCACCCCUUCUUCACUGGGAUUGACUGGGACCAAAUCCGGACCAGACCGGGUCCCUAUGUCCCAGAGGUCUCCUCCCCCACCGACACCUCCAACUUCGAUGUGGACGACGAGACCCUGAAGAACCCAGAGGUCUCGGCUGCUCUGACCCUCAACAGUUUCUCAGGACAACAGCUGCCAUUCGUGGGCUUCACCUACACCUGUGAAAGUGGGCGUGGCCUGAGUGGGCGUGGCUCCACCGCUGUGAAGGGGGAGGGGCUUCAGUCCCAGGGAGCGGAACUUCAGCAGAAGAUUCAGACACUGGAGAGAGAGAAGCAGGAGCUGAACGCCAAGCUGUCAGAGUUCUCACAGCCUCAGACUCGAGCUGGAACUUUGUCUCGAGAAAAAGAAAUAAAAAAACUCAACGAAGAAAUUGAGCGUUUGAAGAAGAAGCUGUCAGCUUCUGACCGGCUGGAGAAGCAACUGGAGGAGGCGGUCUCUCAGCGUCAAGACGAAAGCUCCGCCUCCAAACUGAGGACGCUGGAAAAACAAGUGAAAAGCCUGAAACAGGAGAAAGAGGAGGCGAGCAAGCAACUGCAGGAGGCCCUUGAGCGCCUCCGUUCUCAGCAUAAGGAGCUGAGAGAAGCGCACAGACUGAGGAAACAGGCAGUUACAGAGUUCUCAGACCUCAGCGAGACCAUGGACCAGCAGAGGACCAUGGAGAAGAAACUGAACCGGACCAUCAGGGACCAGGGGGAGCAGAUCAAGGACCAGGAGGAGCGCAACCGGGACCAGGCCCAGAAGAUCCAGCUCCUUCAGAGAGCGAGCGAGGAGAACCGGAGGAGCGAGGCCCGCAUUCAGGAGCUGGAGGCGCUGUUGGACUCUGAGAAGAAGCUUCGACACAGUGAGGAGUUCAGCCGUGAGCUGCAGAGCUCUAAGAUCCAGGGGGCGGAGCUUACGGAGCUUCUGCGGUUGAAGGCGGAGCUUGAUCAUGCUCUGACCAAUCAGGACGAGCUGCAGCGGAGAGACUCCGCCCACUGUGCAGAGAUCAAAGAGCUGCGCUUCCAGCUCCAGCAAUCGGAGAACACCACAUUGUCGGCCAAUCAGGAGCUGCGCAGCCUGAGGGAGCGGCUGGAGAGAGCCAAUCAGGACAGUGACCAGGAGGAGGCGCUGUCAUCUCUGAAGGAGAAACAUGAGAAAGAAAAGCGAGAGUUACGAGAAGAGAACCUCAAACUGACAUCUGAGUCGGACAAGCUGUGCUCGCUCGUGGACCGUCUCACAGAUCAGACUCGUGAGUUGGAGGCGGAGCUUCAGGAGGCGACGUGCAAAAAGGAAAGUGUGAGUCACUGGGAGGCGCAGAUCUCUGAGAUCAUCCAGUGGGUCAGUGAUGAGAAAGAUGCUCGUGGAUACCUUCAGGCUCUGGCCUCAAAGAUGACGGAGGAACUGGACACUCUGAAGAGAGACGGCAACAAGACCUCACAGGACCCCCUGUGGAAGCUGCGGCGCUCUCAGAAGCUGGACAUGUCGAUGCGACUCGAGCUGCAGUCUGCGCUGGACUCAGAGAUCAAAGCAAAACAAGUGCUACUGGAAGAACUGAGGAGGGUCAAAGGUCACUGCAACCGCCUGGAGAGUAAAGUCAAAGAUUUGGAGCAAAACAAUAAACAAACUCAGGACCAACUGCAGAGUCUGCAGCAGGAGCUGGACCAGAACCGGUCCUCAGGUCUACAGUUGGACUUCCAGGACUCCAUAUUUGAGUAUUUCAACACCUCUCCUGUGGGACCAGACCUCAGCUUCAAACCUUCAGACCUGGACUCCUCGCCCAAAGAGACCACACCCCCUUCACCUGCGUCACCUGAGCAACAGGAAGUGACAUCACCGCCUGUAAGACCUGCCCCCCCUGUCCCAGACCACGCCCCCCUGCAGCCGCGCUCGCACCAGCUCAGCCUGAAGACCUUCAGUUCUCCUCCUCACUGCUCCCACUGCAGUGCUCUGGUCAUCGGCCUCACCAGGCAGGGCUACGGCUGCGAGGUCUGCUCAUUUGUGUGUCAUGUGACCUGCCGAGACAACGCCCCUCAGAUCUGUCCAAUCCCAACGGAGCAUCGACCAGUGGGCGUCGACCUCCAGAGAGGCAUCGGGACGGCCUACAAGGGCUAUGUGCGGGUGCCUAAACCCUCAGGGGUGAAGCGUGGCUGGCAGAGGGUGUGGGCUGUGGUGUCGGACGCACGGCUGUUUUUCUACGACGUUCCAGAAGCAAAAUCCACUCAACCAGGAAACUCCGCCUCCAUGGUGCUCGACCUGAGGGAUGAGUUCUUCUCGGUCUGCUCGGUGCUUCAGUCUGAUGUAAUCCAUGCGCCUCGCAAAGAUGUCCCCUGCAUCUUCAAGGUCCAGGUGGGGUCUCCAGAGUCCGGUCUUGGCCCAGUCUCGGUCCUGGUCUUGGUGGACUCGGAGCAGGAGCAGAGAAAGUGGUUGAAGGUUCUGGAAAGUCUCCACGUUCUGCUGAAGCAGAACCAAAUGAUCCAUCGCCCCGUGCAGCGCCCCCUAGAGGUGUACGACCCCUCACUGCCCAUGAUCAAGAGCACGCUGUCCGCUGCCAUCUUGGAUAAGGAGCGUGUGGUCCUGGGCACAGAGGACGCUCUGUUUGUGGUGGAGCUCAGUCGAGACGUGAUUGUUCGAGCUGCAGACGCUAAGAGAGUCCACCAGGUGGAACUGGUCCCUCAGGAGAACCUGGUGGUCCUGGUCUGUGGUCGGACUAAACAAGUUCAUCUCCAGUCCUGGUCCGAACUCGACGGUUCUGAGUCCGGAUUCGACAUCAAACUGACGGAGACCAAAAACUGCCAGGCCAUGACCACGGGCACCACGGGCUCCAGACCCACCGGGAUGUCCUGCCUCGUCACCGCCGUCAAGCAGAAGGUCCAGUUCUUCGAGCUGUCACGGUCGAAGCCGUACUACCGCCUGCUGUGGGCUGUGCAGGCGCCCGGUCACGUGCAGUGGCUUGGUCUGGUCCUGGACCGAGUCUGUGUGGGUUUUCCCGGGGGCUUUGCGCUGCUUGCCCUGCAGGGAGAGUCCAGUCCUGUGUCCCUGGUCUGGCCUCAGGACCCGAGUAUGGUCUUCCUGUCCCAGACGCCCCUAGAUGCGAUGCACGCCGCUGCGUUGGUCCAGUCUGACGAGAUCCUGCUCUGCUUCAGUCACACCGGGAUCUAUGUGACCCACCAGGGCAAGAGGUCACGGGCCCGGGAGUUGAUGUGGGCCGCCACCCCUACAGCCUUCUGCUCCAGUUCGGCUCAUCUCACCGUCUACAGCGAGUAUGGAGUCGACAUCUACGACCUGCACACGUCAGACUGGAUUCAGACCAUUCCCGUCAGAAAGCUGCGUCCCUUAAACACUGAUGGAUCCUUGAAUCUUAUCAACUCUGAUCCUCACAGACUCAUCUACCUCCAGAAAACAGAGGGAGGUGUCUGGGGAGAGGGAGACCUGUUGUUGCCGGGGGUAACGGAGAGUAGCAGGAAGCUCAUGGUUCGAACGCGGAGCAAAAGAAAAUUUCUGUUUAAACUUCCAGAAGAAGAACGUCAACAGCAGAGGAGGGACAUGCUCAGGGACCCAGACCUUCGCUCUAAGAUGAUCUCAGGACCAAUGAACUUCAACCACAUCUCACACAUGGGACCAGGAGACGGGAUGCAGAUCCUGAAGGACCUGCCGCUGAGUGUUUCUCCUCAGGAGCAGGAGCCGAUGCUUCGCUCCAGACCAGUGUCCAUUGCAUCCAGACGCAGCAAACAGCACAGGACCUCAGAUCUGGGAGGCGGAGUCUCCUCUCGGCUGGAGCUGGAUCCUGAUCUGGAGGACUCGGAUUCUGUGAAGCUGUCGUCAACAAGUUCCAACCCGAGCAGCCCCCCCUCCCCUGAACUCGACCUUGACCUAAACCUGACCCACUUCACCUGA